AUGAACAGGAGACCAAAGCCGCUGUUAAAUUGUUUGUCUUGUUUCCCAACAUCGGAUCUUAGACUGACUGACAGGGCGUCCAUAUUUACCAAGAAAGAUGCUUCUGCAACAGAAGCCAAGGGAUGGAAAGAGGGUGAACCGUUGCCAUAUGCCGCGUUAGUAGCGACUUUCGAAAAGAUCGAAGCGACAACUAAGCGAUUGGAAAUUCUACAAAUUUUGACUCAAUUCCUCCUUGUGGUGGCGAAAAGAGAUACGGCGACCGAUGCGAAAUCUUCCAAUCUCCUGAAAGUGGUGUAUCUAUGUAUUAACAGACUAUGUCCGGAUUAUAUGGGUAUCGAAUUGGGAAUAGGAGAGUCAUUGUUGGUCAAGAGUAUUGCGGAGAGUACUGGACGAGCGAUGUCAAAGAUAAAAGAGGAUUUACGAAAGGAAGGUGAUUUGGGUAAAGUGGCUAUGAAUUCACGGAAUAAUCAACCUACAAUGUUCAAGCCAAAAGCAUUGACAGUACCAUACGUCUUCCAAAGUUUGACAGAGAUAGCGAAAGCUUCAGGCAACGCUUCACAGAAUAAAAAAGUGGGAAUCAUCAACAAACUCCUCGCCGCAUGUCAAGGUACAGAAGCCAAAUUCAUCGUCCGAUCCCUUGAGGGAAAGCUACGAAUAGGUUUGGCAGAUAAGACAUUGGUUGUAGCAUUAGCACAUGCCAUGGUUCUCAAGAGAGAUAAACGUAUCGGUGGUGAAGAAUUAGCGAAAAAGUUGGAAGAAGGAGCGGAUAUCGUCAAAUCUAUCUACAGUGAAUUACCAAAUUACGAUUUGAUCAUUCCUGCUUUGAUGAAAGGCGGUAUAGAAGGAUUACAAGAGAAUUGCAAACUUACUCCUGGAGUACCUCUGAAACCUAUGUUGGCCAAACCUACAAAGGCUAUCACGGAAGUUUUAGAUAGAUUCGAAGGGAAAGAAUUCACUUGCGAAUAUAAAUAUGAUGGUGAACGUGCUCAAGUACAUUUGUUAGAAGAUGGAACAAUUGCCGUGUUCAGUAGGAAUAGUGAGAAUAUGAGUGCGAAAUAUCCUGAUUUGGUUGAACAGUUACCAAGGUGUAUCAAAGAAGGAGUUAAAAGUUUUGUUAUCGACGCUGAAGCUGUGGCAUACGAUUUGGAACAGAAGAAACUGUUACCUUUUCAAGAUUUAUCUCGAAGGAAAAGAAAGGAUGUUCGGACGGAAGAUAUAACCGUUCGUGUACAUUUGUUCGCUUUUGAUUUGUUGUAUUUGAAUGGGGAGAGUUUACUUCAAAAAGAAUUAAAAGAACGUCGUUCCCUACUCCAAAAACAUUUUCAACCUAUCCCUUCAGAAUUCGCUUUCGCAGUAUCAAGUGAUUGUACAACAACCGAAGAAAUUCAAUCUUUCUUAGAAGAAUCAGUAAAAGACGGCUGUGAAGGUCUAAUGGUUAAAAUGUUAACGACACAAUCAUCAACUUAUGAACCAUCACGUCGUUCUAUAAAUUGGUUGAAAUUGAAAAAAGAUUAUCUAUCAGGUAUUGGAGAUUCAUUAGAUUUAGUAGUCAUCGGUGCUUAUUACGGUAAAGGAAAAAGAACUUCAGUUUAUGGUGCUUUUUUAUUAUCUUGUUAUGAUCCUGAUUCUGAACAUUAUCAAACUAUAUGUAAGAUCGGUACUGGUUUCAGUGAAGAAAUUUUGAUAAAAUUUCAUGAAAUGUUAAAACCAUUAGAAUUACAAGUUGUUAGAGGUGAUAUAGAAGUAGGUGGUGCUAAACCGGACGUUUGGUUUGAACCUAAGAUUGUUUGGGAAGUUUUGACUGCUGAUUUAAGUUUAAGUCCUAUUUAUACCGCUGCACAUGGUUUGGUCGAUUCUCGUGGUAUUUCUCUACGUUUCCCGAGAUUCAUACGAAUCAGAGAAGAUAAGUCUUCAGACGAAGCUACCACUUCUGAACAAGUUAGCGAAUUUUAUCAACGUCAAGUAACUGCUGGUGGAAAGAAAAACGUUGGAGGAGAAGGGGAUGAUUUUUGGUGA